AUGGGGAAAGAGUGGAUAGAUAAAGAACUUAGAAAUGAUUCUUUGUAUCUUCUUCUUUACUGUGAAGCAGAAAUCAAAGAACAGUCUGCAGAAGAGGAUGCUGAAGCUGAAAUGGACAACAAGCCACCAGUUCCACUGCUUCAGAAUGCUGUGUCUGAAGAGUCUGCAACCGCCAUGGUUUCUGUUGGUGUGGAAGCCAAAAUCAGGUUAGAGCGGGGCAGCAAGAGAUUGAAUGUUAGUGAUGAGAACAAUGGCCAAGAACGAUCCCCACAGGGUGUGAUGUCACAUGUAAGCGUGAGCACACAGACUGCUUCAGACGAUCAGGCUGGCAAAUUGUGGGAUGAACUCAGUUUGGUUGGCCUUCCAGAUGCCAUAGAUGUCCAGGCCUUAUUUGAUUCUACAGGCACUUGCUGGGCUCAUCACCGUUGUGUGGAGUGGUCAUUGGGAGUGUGCCAGAUGGAAGAACCAUUAUUGGUGAAUGUGGACAAAGCUGUUGUCUCAGGGAGCACAGAAGGGUCAGGGUUUCUUAAGAAAUUGGUCCAGAACAGCACUGGCAGAGCACAGAAUGUGCCUGGAUCGUUUUGUUACAGAAACGAUGUGCAUUUUGUAAGCACCUUGGAGCCACUAUCAAAUGCUGUGAAGAGAAAUGUACUCAGAUAUACCAUUAUCCUUGUGCUGCGGGAGCUGGCACCUUCCAAGACUUCAGUCACUUCUUCCUUCUUUGUCCAGAACACAUUGACCAAGCUCCUGAAAGAUCAAAGGAAGAUGCAAACUGUGCAGUGUGCGACAGCCCGGGAGACCUCUUAG